AUGGGAAACCAGGGUUCGAAGGAAAGCGGCGGGGCGUCCUCCAAGUCGUCCGGGCCCGAUGGCCUGCAGUCGUACCCUUCGUUCAGCCGAUCCGAUACGAAAGACUCCACCCGGUCGUUCAAGUCGCUUCGAUCUAAGAUUCCCGGGGGCGGCAAAAACGACAGCCCACGGUCCUCCACCAUCCUCAGUAACACCGAUGCGUCCGUCGAGAGAUCUGAUGCAAGCUCCAUCAAAUCCAACCGAGCCAGCCGGUCAUCCCUACCACCACUCGCGCGGCUAAAUCGCAGUGACUCAGCUUCGUCUCCGACAUCUGUUUCGUCGUCCAUCGACUCAGCGCACGUCAAACCCUCCUCGUCGUUUAACGAGCUCCAACCACCGCCGUCUCCCAUCCAAUCUGCAUCCAUGAAGGCCGGAAAGCACAAUGUGAGCGCCGCCCAGGCCAACGGCGAAGUCGGCCAUGUUUCCGAAUCGCCGCCCGCCGACGCUGCGCCGGAUCCGAGCACCCAAGCUGAGCAACCGGGCCAAUCCAUCCUGGUCCGUCGUGACAGCAGCACCAGCUCUGUCGUCAUACCCACGCUUACGGGAGCUACGGGCAGCCCAGGCACCGAGGAAGCAGGCGUCGCCAUGAGCGAGAUCAAGGAUAUGGACCUGGACGACUACAUCAAACGCCUGCUCGAUGCUGCCUAUGCUGGAAAGGUCACGAAGAGCGUGUGCCUCAAGAAUGCCGAGAUCGUGGCCAUUUGCCAUCGCGCACGCGAGACGUUCUUGUCUCAGCCUACACUGCUCGAGCUGGAUGCGCCCGUCAAGAUCGUUGGUGACGUGCACGGUCAAUACACCGACCUUAUCCGAAUGUUUGAGAUGUGCGGCUUCCCCCCGUCGUCCAACUUCCUGUUCCUGGGCGACUAUGUCGACCGCGGAAAGCAGUCUCUCGAGACCAUUUUGCUUCUCAUGUGCUACAAGCUCAAGUUCCCCGAGAACUUCUUCCUUUUGCGCGGCAACCACGAAUGCGCCAACGUCACCCGCGUGUACGGUUUCUACGACGAGUGCAAGCGGAGGUGCAACGUCAAGAUUUGGAAGACGUUUGUCGACACCUUCAACACCCUGCCAGUGGCCGCCAUUGUUGCCGGCAAGAUCUUCUGUGUCCACGGAGGCCUAUCACCGGCACUGGACCAUAUGGACGACAUUCGCAACAUUGCCCGCCCCACCGAUGUGCCUGACUAUGGCCUCUUGAACGACCUCUUGUGGUCCGAUCCUGCGGAUAUGGAACAAGAGUGGGACUCCAACGAGCGAGGCGUUAGCUACUGCUUCAACAAGAAGGUCAUUAUGGACUUCUUAGUGAAGCACGAUUUCGACCUGGUUUGUCGAGCACACAUGGUGGUAGAAGAUGGUUACGAGUUCUUCAGUGACCGUGUUUUGGUGACCGUGUUCAGCGCGCCCAACUACUGCGGCGAGUUUGACAACUGGGGUGCUGUCAUGUCCGUCUCAUCAGAGCUGCUGUGCAGUUUUGAACUACUCAAACCUCUCGAUUCCAACGGGCUGAAGAACCACAUCAAAAAGCAACGCAACAGUCGCAAGAACUUUAUCAACUCUCCGCCUGCCAACUUUAACCCGCAAAGUGUGUAA